GUAGUUGUGUAUUUCGUUAAAGUUUCCUUUCUAUAUUUCAUAUUUUCUACUGCCUAUCAAAGUACAUACUUACUUAUUUGCUGAUCAAUUUUGACAUUUUAUAAUAAAUUUUUAAUAGAAACGACAUAAAAAUACACAUACAUAUACAUAAUGGGUAAUGAAAGCUCGUUGCCUAUGGAACUAUGUUCCAAUUUUGAUGUUGAUGAAAUUAGAAGAUUAGGAAAACGAUUUCGGAAGUUAGAUUUAGAUAAUAGUGGUGCUUUAAGCAUUGAUGAGUUUAUGUCAUUGCCAGAAUUACAACAAAAUCCUUUAGUACAACGUGUUAUAGAUAUAUUUGAUGCUGAUGGAAAUGGAGAGGUAGAUUUUAAAGAAUUUAUUCAUGGUGUUUCUCAAUUCAGUGUUAAGGGAGAUAAAGAAAGUAAAUUAAGAUUUGCGUUUAGAAUUUAUGAUAUGGAUAAUGAUGGUUUUAUAAGCAAUGGAGAAUUAUUUCAAGUAUUAAAAAUGAUGGUUGGUAAUAACUUGAAAGAUACACAGUUACAACAAAUUGUUGAUAAAACAAUAUUAUUUGCUGAUAAAGAUGAAGAUGGUAAAAUUAGUUUCGAAGAAUUUUGUUCUGUUGUUGGUAAUACAGAUAUUCAUAAGAAAAUGGUGGUUGAUGUUUAAAUUAUCAAGUUUAUGAGAAAAAAGAUAUUAAAAAAAAAAUUAUAUCAAUUUGACUUUUUCAUUAUUAAUAUUAGAUUUAUUGGAUAAUUAUAAAUAGAGUGAAAUUAUGAUCAUAUUAAGUCUUUAAUCAAGCCAAUUUUUUAUAUAAGUUUAUCAUCUUUAAAUAUUUUUUUUAUAAUUAUUAUAAUUAUAAAUUAAUUACCAAUUUUCAAAAAUAUUGUGCACAUUUAUUAAAUGUAAGAUGUCUCGGUUGAAAGAAAAUACUUAAAUAUUUUUUUGUUCUUAAUGACAUCUAAAAAUAUUUUUGAUAAUUUAAAUAGUUUUAAUAGAAAUAGUUUGAAUAUUGUGGAAAGAGAAAUUUUUUUGGAAUAUCACUUUUUUUGAUAUUUAUUUAAAGUUAUUGAUUUUUUUUUUAUUAAGAAAUGUGAUAGUAUAAUAAUUUUUUUGUAUUGUAUUAUGUAAUGAAUGAAAGUAUAUUUGAUGAUAUCUGAAUAAAUCAUAAUUUUUAAUUGAUUAAAAUAUAUUAAACAAUUAUAAAACAAAUAGAAUAAUAAAUUUAUUGUUUAUGUUAAUUAUUGUUAUGUUUAUGUUAUAAAUGUUUAAGAUAUUUAUUAAUAAUAAAUUCUAUAUAUAAUUGAAUUUUAUAUUUAUUAGUAUACAUAAAUGAAAUCUGUUUUUUAGUUUCUCAACUAUUAAAAUAUUGCUGCUUUAAAAUCAAUUAAAUUAUGCUAGAAAUUUAUAUGUCAUUAAAAACAAAAAAGACAUUUAACUAAUUUCAACAUUUAAAUAGUUUUUUCAUAUUUCAUAAAUUAUCUGACAUAUCUUGUAAAUUAUACAAUUUUAAUAUAAUUAGUCUUUCAUAUACAUUCACAGAGUUUAGUUUUUGGUCAAAAAUUUUAUAGUCAUAGAAUAAUUUUAUUAUUUCAUAAUAUAUAAAUAAUUAACAUUAUAAAUAUGUUAUCUAAUUCAUUCACAAAAAGCUAUAAAAUUAUUUCAAAAGUUUAAUUUUAAAAUAUAAUUAUAAUUAUAUAAAUUACUUAAAAAAUGUUUUUUUAUAUAUUGAAAUGUAAUUAAAAUACUAUUAUAAAUAUUUUUUAAAUAUUAUUUUAUAACAUAUUUCAAUAAUUUGCAUAUUAUAAAUAUUACUAAAUAUUACUAAAAAUUUUGAAUUUUUAUCAACUUUAAAAUUUUUUUAAUUUUUCAAUUAAAUGCUAUUGUAGCUGAAUAAAUAAGAAUAUUUUAUUUAAUCUAUAAUACAAAAUUUUUAGUUGAAUUGAAUUAAUCUAUUAAAUUUGGAUAAGUGUUAAUUUUUAAGAUUUUUAUUCAACUUUGAAAUGAAUUUUAUAUUUUAUAUAUAUAUAUUGUAUUUAAUAUAUAUAAUAUAUUAUUAAUUAAUUGAGCAUUUGAAAGAAAUAAAUUAUUUAAUUAAUUAUAACUAAUUAACAUUUGAGCUCUCUCUUAAGUUAAUAAAAUUAAUUUUCUAAUAUAAAUGAUUAUCAAAUUUUGAAUUAAAAAAUCAGGAUUUUAAAAACUUUCAAGUGCACAAUUAUUUUUAUAUAAAUGUGUUAUAUAAAAAAAUUAAAUUACAUCCAUUUAUUAUAAUUAUAUAUAUUAUAACAUAUAUAAUAUAAGUCUUGUACAUUUACGUAUUAUCUUAAUGUUUGAUCAAAAAAUUAUUGAAAUUAUAUUGAAAUAAAUCUAUAUAAUAUA